GCGAGUUUGGUCGAAAAGAUUUUUCCACCCGUGCAUUGUUCAUCUUUAGAACACCCACAUUCAGGACGGUCCUUGGAAAGUGACGUUUCACCUGAAUGACUUGUGGCUUCGUAAACGAUAUCGAAUACUAGACAAUAUAUUCCUCAUCAUUCUCCAGUUUUCGCAUUACGGCAAUUACGCUGGAUUGUUUUCUGGAAUGACGGCGUUAUUCCUGACGCUGAGCGGAACAUGUUACGUAAUGGAUUUCAUCGCUUGUAAGGAUGAGACGGUGGGGAAGAGAUGGGGCGGUGGCGGCGAAACAAGCCACGAGAUUGAUCUCCAUCCUGCAACGAGGGAGGCGUCGGGGCCCCCUGUGCAGCUGGAGCCGGUGGACUUGAGUAUGAAAACUACUUCGCCGCUGCCCGACCUCCUCCCAAUCAGCAAAUUCACCGGGACGAAAACAAGCCCCCAGCCUCCAGGUGAGUGCUAUUCCUCUUUAAUCACGCCCAAAGAUAUUUGGUCCAUCGAGAACGUCUGGAAAGGAUCGCCGACCCUCCUGCAGAUCAACUCAGUCUGGAGGAGCGAAAACAACACUGGCACCGGUGACUAUGCCGACAGCUUGCGGAGGCGGAAAAUCCACCGGUGCGACGUACCUGGUUGUGAUAAAGUCUACACGAAGAGCUCCCACCUCAAAGCCCACAAAAGAACUCACACAGGGGAAAAGCCUUAUGAGUGCACAUGGCAGGGGUGCACAUGGAAGUUUGCAAGGUCUGACGAGCUGACUCGCCACUAUCGAAAGCACACAGGGCAGAAACCGUUCAAGUGCCACCUGUGCCAGCGAUCUUUUUCCAGAUCUGACCACCUAUCCCUCCACAUGAAACGCCACUAGGGAUGUCAAGUGCAACAAACCAAUGUUUAUUUCUUUUCCAAAAAUAAAGAAACAACCUUAAACCAAUAAAAAAGAAACAACCUUAAAGGCUGCAGCGCUGGUACAUGUUGAUCUCUGAAUUUGUGACUCUCUCAUAAAGUUAUGUACAAAAGCCGUUCCAAUGUGCAAUUCUAGGGGAAAAAGGUGCAACCAUUUUUACCAAACUAGAAAAAAUAUUUUGUAUAUUAUUUGUUAAUUGUAUAGCAUAGUAUAAUGCAAUUGAAAAAAACAAAAUUAAAAUGCUCAAAAUGUUACUUUUUACAUCACUUUAUUUUUUUAACAAAAACCUACAUGUCACUGUAAAAAGUGCCUUCUGAAAUAAAACAUGAAAAAUACCUAUGAGUGGUAGUCAUUUUAAAUUCAUGUCAAUUUAUUUUAAAGUUGGGUUUCUUGGGUAUUAAGUAGCUAUCAGUAUAAUUUAUUGUACAGUUAAGUUUAUAAACAGUUUUGUGAAUAUUGUGAUUAUUUUGUAAAUAAUAUUAAUGUAAUUACUUCUAUAAAAUUGCAAUAAUUGCAAAAAUGGACAAAUGGUCAGUUUAUAUUUAUAAUUAUUUGUGUGUACCACAUAAAAAUGUUAUAUUUGUAUUGAUUUUUCAAAUGUUUAUAAUCAUAAUUUGUUGUUCUACUUUGUUAUUUUAUUUUUCACUUGGUCUUUUUUUCCGGUGCUAUUUAUAAAAAUAUUUUCAUUAUUAUUAUAAUAUGAUGUGCUUAUGAUUUUCUUUUUCUUUUCACAAUGUGUAUAAAUGUUAAGUAUAAUUUUGUAAGUUAUUAACCAAUAGUUUAUACCAUUCCGUUUGAUUAAAAUGUCUAUAUAGUUGUAUUUAUUACUUAGGUACCAUUCCUUAAUACAAGUUUGGAUGAAAAAACGAGUAUUUGGAUAAAUAAUUUAAUUUUCAACGUUUAUUCUAUAGUAAACAUAGAAUGAUACAGUCGAUAAUGUGGAACCAAGUGCCUUCACCUUAGUGAACGUACUGAUUUUAUUAGAUUGCAAUCUCUCCUGUGAUACUGUUAACACCAAUAAAUAACGGUGCUUCCAUUUGUGACAAAUCAAAAUGUUCACAUAUUAUUUUUAAUAACCGGAACUAAUGAUUUAUAAUGUUGUAACAUAUUUAUGACAAAAUGCAUUCGUGUAUAUUAAAAAUGUGAAUAAAGCACGAACUGAAUAAUAUCUUUGUAAAUGUUGUAGAAAUUUAAAUCAUUUAUUAAUGUAAUUACACUAAACGUAUCCCUCAGAUUUACCACUGAUCCAAAAAGUUUGUUAUUUACUGGUUUUUAAGAAAAUAAAAACUAAAAUUUAAUUUUUUAA